UUAGUAGAAGCUUAGGUUCAGCCACGAUGCACUAUAAAAAUUAGAAUCGGUGGAAUAUUCUCAGUAUCUCUUGCUCCCGCUCUUACUCGUCUCUUAUCGAAAGCAAAAAUGUCUUACAUCUCUCCGAUAGCAAAUCCACAGCCGUUCGUCACCAAGAUCAGGGGCCUUUCUGACGAAGCGAACACCAUUGACAGUGGUGUCGGUCGUGCCAAACGGGAUGCUGCAGAAUUCGUCAGCAAAUAUAGCGCCGAUUUCCAAAUUGUUUCCGAGCUUCAAGCCAGCACAGAGCACUUUAUCACUCGCUGGGUCAGUACUUUGCAGCAAACCCGCGAUGCCGCUUCUUCUAUUUCAGCUUGGUACCAACGAUUUAUCGAAGUCUUCCUCUCAUUGAUAGACAUGAUCGGGAGUGAGGGUGAUGUAAAGGAAGUUAUCGCAGAGUUCAACAACUUGUUGGGUGAAACGCAUCCCUCAACGAAAUACCAGCUAGAUACCACUCCGGGUGUGAAGAACGCCUUUAACGAAAUCGAGGCGCUCGUGUGUGUAGAAAGCAAACAUAUCAUCGACGUUCUCCAAAGUGCCAAGGCUAGUAACUUUAGUAAGACCGUUGAGGGCCUCAAGAAAGAGAUCGCUCCGGUGAAGCUUGGGGCUGCGCACAUCCGACAGGCCUUGAAUAAUUACGCAACGAGGCUCGAGUAGUUUGAUCUCGUUGUCUAUAAAUGAACAGAAGGAUUUGGAGCCAUGUAUCAAUAAUGUACCUCGUUCACAUGUUUCACAUACUUCCAGAUGAAUUUCGUGAUGAGAAUUGUUAGCGCAGCAUAUAAAUAUAAAUCCAUAAA